UGUAGUUUAUUAUAACACAAUACACAGCAGAUGCAGAGUGUGUUUUUCCUUCUGUUUUAAUGAAGGAAUGCAUCAAUAAUUGUUCGGGGAAAAAACUAAUAUCUGGUUUUAUAUUUAUCACGUGUAUUAGAACGAUUCCUUCAGCUAUGCAUCUUUACACCAUUAAAAUCCUAGAAUACGGAGUUUAAAAUCGAUCGAUACUGGAGUACGCAGUUGUUUAUGUUAUAGAAGCAGGUAGUUACGGAAUGAUUAAUGUCAAACAGUUUUCUCUAUCAUUGUACGUAAUGAGAUAUAAACACAGAUUUUUUACAUAAACACCUUAGAGACAUGUAAUUAUUUGUUGGUGGUAAUGAUUAUCAAUAGAGAACUGUGCUGUUCAAAUUCUCAUAUGUAGUGAUUAUUGAGAGGAAUUUUUGUGUUUUGUAAAAUGUUAUUUGGAAUCUGAUGGUUACGAAAUGACGAGUGCUUAGUAAGUGAUGCAAAUUGAUUUAGUACUCUUCCUGUUAGUUUUCUCGAUAAAUGUGAUAUCUGCAACCAUUGCUGAGGACUACGGUGAAUGGGGAAAUUGGGGAGAUUGGUCACAGUGUUCUGUUUCGUGUGGAUACGGUUCGAUACAUCGGAAUAAAAACUGGAUUUAUAAAAAUGGACAAGUUUCAAACUACACAUACAGUAUGAUUGUAGAAUGCUGGACAAAAAUUGCUUGUCCUGUUGAUGGCGGUUGGACAAUGUGGACUGCGUGGAGUGACUGUACUAGAAUGUGUGGUGGUGGAACUAGCACACGUACUCGAUUAUGUUUAGCACCUGAGCCGUCAUCAAACGGUAGAAAAUGCGAUGGAUAUCCACGCGAGGAAAAUCAGUGCAAUGUCAUUGUUUGUCCAGUCCUUCCAGAUAACUUUGACAUGUCAGUAUGCAAUGAUACAACCUUUAUCUGUAAAAGUCAGAGACAAUGUAUAUCGGAAGUGUUUCAUUGUGAUAACAAACUGCAAUGCCACGAUGGGAGUGACGAAUUGCCAGACGAAUGUCGAAAGUUUAACAGUUUAAAUAGUAGCGGAAGUCAACUUAAUAUAGUAAUGACCAUUUUGAUAAUUGUUAUAGCAACUCUAUCUGUCAUCGUAACAACAAAUCAUCCGGUAUGACGUGAAGGAGGUAAACUUUAGGAAACAAGUUGAUAUGCAAACUGUGAUAGAUUUGACCUUGUUCAGUGUCCACGGGUCAUACAUAUGCAGUCAUCACAUUAAUGCAUUUUAAACAUGUCACAUUCAAGCAAAACUGGAUGCAAUGAUAUAUUAUAUUCCACUUCACUCUUAGGUAAAGCUUGAUAUGUGCUUACAGAAUAGACGUCUGUUGACAAAAAGUAAACAGUCAUACUUAGCAGUGGUUAACUAUGAUGACCCAGACUGAAUAAAAAACGAUAGCAUUUGUAAUAUAAGUCAUGUUAAUAAAAUACAUUUGAUUAUUUAGCAAGGCACAUAAUAUACACAACAGUUAUUUUUAAGUGCUUCAGAAUAUCUUGUCAUUUUUAAACACUCUUUAUAUACAUAUUGUGUUGCAUCAAACUAUUCAUUGCAACAUCACACUGAAAUGAAGUUCAUCGAUAAACCGAUGGUCAUUCAUUAGCCAAACCUUUGUCUAAGCAUUGUAAAACAUAUUUCAUUUUGCAGAAAUUGGAAUCACUUUAAGACAAAAGAAUUUCAAUACUUCACCAGUGGUGUUAGUUACACAGAAAGGUGUUGUUGGCAAAACAAGUAUUGUUCUGCUUUGAAGAAUGACAGCAAUGUGCUUAAAAUAAGAAACUAUAAUCGUAAGGAUUUUACUACAAUAAUCUGCGCGUGUUUAUCUACUUUACGAAGAAGAUAAUCUUUUAUUUCAGUUCUCACAAAGGUGUUUUCGUACUGAACCUGAUUGAGUAAGCUCUAAAAUCACACAUAUACUUUUUACAUUAUGCUUAGUAUACGUACAUUUUUAGUAAAUAAACAUAUACAUGAACUUUGUUUGAACAAAUCCAUUACUUCCAUUUUCUCAUUUUAACUGUUUACAUUUCGUAUUUAUUCAAAGGAUAUAUUUAGUGAGAAAUUUUAGAUACCAAACAAGAUUAUGUGUAAAUCCCCUUCUUCCAUUAAUUUAAUUCUGAUCUGUUUAAAUUUCGAUUUAUUCAUUGGCUAACAUCAAUGUUUUAUUUAAAUGUCAAAUAUUAUACAGUAUUUGGUUUCUUAUUGAAAGGAAUUAAGAUUUCAAUAAAAGUUAAAGUUUUUUUUUAUCAACAUUUGAUACAAAUAUUUUCGAAUCGUCUUUUAAUUGCAUUCAUAAUAUAUUUUAUAGCUACUUCUGAAAUGAGUGCAAUGUGUUAGACCAUGUAAAACAUAAGCAUGCACGUGUAAUCAAACUGGCAUGACAAUGCAAAUAGUUGAUCCAAUCAUUUGUCUAUUGAUCUGAUUUUUUUGGAAAACAAAAGAAAAUUGAUUUCCAGUUUUUUGCCUAAAAAAUAUUAACAAAGAAAUGAUUCCUUUCUGCAAAAGUUAAAAAGAAUUUGGUUGCGCAACGCUGGCAUUAUAACAAAACAAAUAUUCAUCAACAACUGCAAUAUCCGGAAAUUUCCAAAAGAACUUGGUAACGCAGUUUUAUCAGAAGUGCCAAUAUAAAUUUGAAUUAAAAACCUGUUUCAGUAAUAUUUUUACAAACAAGCCUACCUCUGUUUGAUUUAUAAUAAGGAAUUAAAAAAUGGUUCCACAUUAUAAACCUUUCCUAGUAUUUAGCUGCAUGUAAUAAACAUUCACAUUAUGUAUCAGUUGUUCAGUGUAGGUAACAACACACACUAGGCUAAGUACAUGCAAAUAAACAAUACAAACGAUCAUUUGUUGACAGUUUUCUGCAUUUGAAAGACAAAUAUAUUUCUUUUUAUUAUUGUUUUGCCUUAACAAAUGUCGACUUGAGGCCCCUUUCUAAUUAGACCGUACGCAUAUUAACCGUAACAACCUUGUAAAACUUACGCACUUAACUUUAAUUACUGUGGAUGUGUUUGUAAGAACUGCAUUGAUAUAUCAGUGUAAUAAUAAAAAGAAUUUCAUAUCCUUUUAAAUAUUAUUAUGAGAAAAAAUGAUAAAAUCAAAUUCAAAAUAUUCUGAGGAAAAUACACACCAAUUUUAUCCUGAUAUGAAUAAACUUAUCAUGAACACUAGGAUCAGAAUUUUGUUCGCCAGACGUGCGUUCAUGUUGACACAUUGUACAUGAUCUCUUUUUACCUUUGAGAACACAAUUAUGUAAAUAAAUUUUGUUAAAUUGGUUACAUAUAUUGUGAAAAAUUAAAAUAUAAAACUAUUUAAAAUAUCUGAUCUAAUCCGUUUCAUUAGAUUUUUUUGGUUGCAUUCAGAUGUAAAACAUGGGUUUCCUUAUCAGUUAUGUUUUUGUUGUAUAAAAUCUUGAAUUAUUAUGAUAUAUGUUCCAUAAUGUAAAUUGUGUAAAUGUACACAACAUUCCUGAACUGUGUUUGUUAAUUUUUAAUGUUAUUACUGUAUUCAUCAUCAAUCUGUGAUCAUAUUAAUAAAAUCAAAUGAAAUGU